GUCCGGAGGUGGGGGCCGCGGCUGUCUCUGGGGCUCAGCUCCCUCACCUUCCAGGCAGCCUCCCCGCCCCCCGUGAGGAGCGGGGGCAGGGGAUGGGUGUUCAUGUUGGGGGGAUUGGGAAACCUCCCCGCCGCGGCUUCCUCUUCCUCCUUUGCAGUCCCGGGCUGCUGUCAGGCGCUCUCCUCAGACCCCCGGGAACUUGGCUCUGGCCGCCCCGCCCCUCCGUGGCUCCCUGCCGCCCCCGCCCCGGACUCGGCUCUCCCCGGUUACCCGCCUGUCAGGAGGCGCCCGGGGUGCCCGUUUGUGGGCAGCGCGAUCCUGGGGCGAUGGAGUGGGGAUGUGGGGGAGAAGCUCCAGUAAAGUUUAGUGAACCCCAGGCUGGCGUUGAGGUUCGACUGGGGGGUAGCGGGGGAGUCUGCCUGGGCGGGACGGUACUCUUUCUCUCUGAUUCCGGGCAACCGCGGGGAGAAACCCCCUCGAAGGGUGUGUAUUUGGAAGCAAUGCAAAUGGUUAUGAGCCUUAGAGUUUCUGAACUCCAAGUACUGUUGGGCUACGCUGGGAGAAACAAGCACGGACGCAAACACGAACUUCUCACAAAAGCCCUGCAUUUGCUAAAGGCUGGCUGCAGUCCUGCUGUACAAAUGAAAAUUAAAGAACUCUACAGGCGGAGGUUCCCCCAGAAAAUCAUGACGCCUGCGGACUUGUCCAUCCCCAACGUACACUCAAGUCCUAUGCCAGCAACUUUGUCUCCAUCUGCCAUUCCACAGCUCGCUUACGAUGGCCACCCUGCAUCUUCACCCUUACUCCCCGUUUCUCUCCUGGGACCUAAACAUGAACUGGAACUCCCUCAUCUUACACCAGCUCUUCACCCAGUCCAUCCGGAUAUAAAACUUCAGAAAUUACCAUUUUAUGAUUUACUGGAUGAACUGAUAAAACCCACCAGUCUAGCAUCAGACAACAGUCAGCGCUUUCGAGAAACCUGUUUUGCAUUUGCAUUGACACCACAACAAGUGCAGCAGAUCAGUAGUUCCAUGGAUAUUUCUGGGACCAAAUGUGACUUCACAGUGCAGGUCCAGUUAAGGUUUUGUUUAUCAGAAACCAGUUGUCCACAAGAAGAUCACUUCCCACCCAAUCUUUGUGUGAAAGUGAAUACAAAACCUUGCAGCCUUCCAGGUUAUCUUCCACCUACUAAAAAUGGUGUGGAACCAAAGCGACCCAGCCGACCAAUUAAUAUCACCUCACUUGUCCGAUUGUCUACAACCGUACCAAACACCAUUGUUGUUUCUUGGACUGCAGAAAUUGGAAGAAACUAUUCCAUGGCAGUGUAUCUUGUAAAACAGUUGUCCUCAACAGUUCUUCUUCAGAGGUUACGAGCAAAGGGAAUAAGGAACCCGGAUCAUUCUAGAGCUUUAAUUAAAGAGAAGUUGACUGCGGAUCCAGACAGUGAAAUAGCUACAACCAGCCUGAGGGUUUCUCUACUAUGUCCACUUGGUAAAAUGCGGCUGACAAUUCCAUGUCGGGCCCUUACAUGUUCUCAUCUGCAGUGUUUUGAUGCGACUCUUUAUAUUCAGAUGAAUGAGAAAAAACCAACUUGGGUUUGUCCUGUCUGUGAUAAGAAGGCCCCAUAUGAACACCUUAUUAUUGAUGGCUUGUUUAUGGAAAUCCUAAAGUACUGUACAGAUUGUGAUGAAAUACAGUUUAAGGAGGACGGCUCUUGGGCACCUAUGAGAUCAAAAAAGGAAGUACAGGAAGUUUCUGCCUCUUACAAUGGAGUUGAUGGAUGCUUAAGCUCCACAUUAGAGCACCAAGUGGCUUCUCAUCACCAGUCCUCAAAUAAAAGUAAGAAAGUAGAGGUAAUUGAUCUAACCAUAGACAGUUCAUCAGAUGAAGAAGAGGAAGAGCCAUCUGCCAAGAGAACCUGUCCUUCCCUGUCUCCCACAUCGCCACUAAAUAAUAAAGGCAUACUGAGUCUUCCGCAUCAAGCAUCUCCAGUGUCCCGCACCCCAAGCCUCCCUGCUGUAGACACAAGCUAUAUUAACACAUCCCUCAUCCAAGACUACAGACAUCCUUUCCAUAUGACACCCAUGCCUUAUGACUUACAAGGAUUAGAUUUCUUUCCUUUCUUAUCAGGAGACAAUCAGCAUUAUAACACCUCCCUCCUUGCCGCUGCAGCAGCAGCAGUUUCAGAUGAUCAAGACCUCUUGCACUCGUCUCGGUUUUUCCCAUAUACCUCCUCACAGAUGUUUCUCGAUCAGCUAAGUGCAGGAGGCAGCUCUUCCCUGCCAACCACCAACGGAAGCAGCAGCGGCAGUAACAGCAGCCUCGUGUCCUCCAACAGCCUGAGGGAGAGCCACGGGCACCCCGUUGCAAGCAGGAGCAGCACGGACACAGCGUCCAUCUUUGGCAUCAUACCAGACAUUAUUUCAUUGGACUGAUCCCCACGCCCCUGCUGCUCCCACCCCCACCCCAGAUUAAAGGAACUUGGCAGAAAGAAGAGAACUUUGUGCUAUGUUUUACCUUAUUCUGUUUAGAAAAGUACACAAGCGUGUUUUUUUUCCUUUUUUUAGGGAAAAAAUUAAAAAAGAAAUGUACAGAGAACAAAACUAUAUUUUCAGUUUUACUUUUGUAUAUAAAUCUAAGACUGCCUGUCUGAAGAAAACACUUGUAAAAAAACAAAAAAAAGGAAAGAAAAGAAAAAAAAGAAAAAACAAAAAAAACAAGUACCCACAAACCACCUUCGGUUCAUUUUUUCUGGAUUCUGAAGAUUUUUUUUUUCAUCGUUUGUCCUAUGGUUUUGGUUUUAUUUUACUUAAAUGGCAUUAUUUUAUUUGCAAUAACAGAAAAGGAAUUGCAUGUAUGAAGUUUUAAAUUGUGGGCUUUUCUUUGUUGUGGGGAGGGGGCCGGGGCGGGGGGGAUAGUUUUAAUUUCCAUUUUCUAAAAAUGACAGACUUGGAUUCUGUUUGUGUGUGUGCAUAUUUUAUUCAGCCUAAGUUAUAAAUCUCAUCUGUCCCUCUGCAUUCCCUGUGUAUUUUCAGGACAUAGCUUGUAGGUGUGUGUUCAGUGUGUGUGUCUGUGUGUAUUUUUCUGUCAUUACUGUUCCUUCUCCCGAGUUUGCAUUCAGUUGAUAAACCAGUUGCCUGCUUCUUUCAAAGUGCUUUGAAGGUCUUGAAUUCACAUAUGAGCAUCUUUAUCAACUGUCCCAAUUGCAUGUUCUCCAUCACAUAUUCUCUCUUAAUUACUAGAUGCCCCCUGAGAAUAUGUUUCAGAGAUUGGAGUAAGGCUGUCUGGGUAAGGAGUAGGCUUAGUCUAGUUCUUUAUGCUAAAUUUGGAUUGCCAGUAUUAUGUAUUUAAACCAAGUCUGUGAACACCUGCUAUUUUGGCCACAGGGUAACAAAUUUUCCUGUAAGAUCGUCAUACCAAAGUAGGAAGUAAAAAUAGCAUAGAAAGCCCUGUUGGGUUUCAUGUGCAGCUGACAGAGGUAAGGCUACAUCACCUCAAAAAAGAAAGACAGACAGUCAAUUAUCCUUACAAGUAAAUUCUCUUCAGAAAAUAGAGUGCACCAUACAUGUUCAUCUGUAGAAAUCUAUCAUCUGAUAAAUAAUUGAAAUUCAAAAUGGGCUUAAUCCUUAUUCAUUUUCAUUCUCUGGUUCUGACUGUACUUAUUUUUAGCCUAGUAAUCUUGUUUAUUUUUUUUCUUCACUUUUUAAAUACAAGCAUGACAUAGGAAAGUCAGAUUAUUUUAAGAAUUCAUGGAUCAGUCUGAUCUAUCCUUAUAAUAAUGGAACAUGUAAAUAUAUUGAAAACUGUUUUUCAGGAAAUGAGUGAGGGUUGGAGGGAAGGAAAAAGUGAUUCUACUUGUGUUCCAAAAUCCUCGUCAGAGAAGGUAUUAACGUUCUUCAGGUAAUAUCUGAAGGUGUCGAAAAUAUUUUUUAUCUGAUUGAAAGGUUUAGCAGAUUUAACAGAAAAGAUAAAGAAGGGGCAUAAUGAUUACCAGUUUUCCAAACUGGAUUUUUAUAUCACAACUGUUAAUGUUCUCAGAGUUGUUCUCAGAGUUGAUGAAGGACCACCUUUGUGUAUAAAAUUGUCAUAUUUUAAACCUUGCAGUGGUAACAAAUUGACCUACUUUAAUCCAGGUAGAAUUCAAGAUGGCUGUGUCUUCAAUUGUAUGAUAAAAUUAAUGGCUGACAUGACCGUGUGGCAUCUAAAAAUACCUGCUUUUACAGCAUCUCUCUGCCACCAAAUUGUUGACUUGAAUUUUGAAAAACAAGUUGGUAUUGAUAUGUAUAUGUGUGUGUGUAUAUAUGUAUUUAUAGACAAGUGUGUGUGAGUAACAAGUGAGUUAUAUAGUCUUCCCUACGCAUGUGUAUUCCACACAUACAUGGCUGAGUUAUAGUCACUAAACAACUUGCAAUAAAAAAAAAUUUCAUUGUCAGUUAAAACAGGAAAUAGUUAAGUUUUUAAAUGAAUCUGGUGUUAUGGUGAGUAAACAAACACUUUAGAACUCUCAUUGCCAUGUUAACUUAGGCUAAUAUCUAAUAGUAUUAUAAUUUGUGUCUAAUUCAGAUUGGGAUAGAAAUUACUUAAAUUGUAGGGAGUUGCUUCUUAUUUCACAUUGUAAUAGGAAAUGUUUCUAUUAAGUCAGCUACCUAAGAUAAAAUGAAUAGUUUUGUUUUUUUCUUUUUUUGUCGUCAUUAGUGGUCUCAGAAUUCUGAUCAAUAACUUUGUGUAUGAUGCUGAAUUACGAACUCUUUGAAUGAUCCAGUUGAAAACCCGUCCCUCUACUUUCUUCAGCCCAGUUUUGGAGAGAGUUAUUUUCCCUCAGUGUCUUGCAUUAUACCAACCUAAGGGAAGAACAGGUAACAGGGAGAAAUAAAUGUCUGUCUAGUAGCUUUGGUCAUGUCUCCACAGGAGCAACUAACCAUUCAGUUGUCUUUUUAUUUUAGUUCAUUCCACUGUAAGGAGUUUGUUCCCUUCAGUUGUUAACUUUCUAAAAUGUUGCAGUAGUAGUAGCUAUUACUCUGUUGGUUCAUGGCCGAUGUUAAUCAAUCAGACUUUUAUGAUCCGUAGUCAUUAUUAGUGGAGUAAUGCACUGCAUCUUUAUCUUCUAAGUUUUGUUUUUUUUAGCACAGUUGUUUCUUUAUUCCCUAGCCAGCUAUCACAACCCCCCCCCCCCACGCCCUACCCCAGCACAGCGCUAGCACUGACGUGCUGUCUGUGGACAAAUGACGAUUCUCAGAAUCUUUAGUCAAGUUUCCACCAUCCCCCUUGCCUUGGUCAUUCAUAAUAGGUGUGCAUAUGUUUGUGUUUCUGUACAGAACUGUGGGGGUGUGUGUGUAUACGCACACGCACCUGUCGUAUAAUAGCUGUCUGACUAGCAGGGUUGAAGUGGCUUUUAAUUACUUUGUGGGCAUUAUUGAACACGUGUUUAAAAACUAUCUGGACCUUAACCAUGCCACGCUUGGUUGACUAAUUUAUUUUGAGCAUUAAAAUUUUUCUACUCCUGUUAAUUUAGACAUUAUCACAAUUCUUUAUUACUGACUUAGAAAAGAUAUACUUAAGCUUCUGAGAAAUGUGAUUUCUUGGCAGAUAUUUCUUUGAGUCAAAUGUCUGAAACUGAAUGGAAAUAUAUCCCAAUUUUAAAUUACUAAUUGUAGAAAGAACAUUGUUUUUAAACAAUUUUAAACACAUAAAACACUUCAAGAUCUUUAGGACUUUAAAGCACAUUUGAAAUUAUUUUAGUAAGAUUUUAGUAAGAAUUUUGUUUUUUCAAUACAUGUUGAAUUCUGUUUUUUUAAUUAAAAGAAAACACAAAGCUUAGAUUUCAGAAAGAGGGAGGGAGACUAGCUGGUGGUUCCAGAGUGUGCUGCUGUUAAUUGUUUAAUUAACAAAGGGGAAAAAUGUAUAUAAACAGAUAUAAAAGUUACCAUAAAUUCCAUGAACUUAAAUCUGUGAUUUAUUGCCUUAAAACUUUCUCUCUUAGAAUUUCCAUACCGCAUGCCAAACCAGUAAAAUGGCUUUUAAAAAUGUAUAGUAGACCAAUGUCAGUUUGUAUAAAAGUACCAAGUGAAAAUAUUUAUUACAUGCAUUGGAAAAAAAAAAUUGUUUACCUAUUGAAUGUUACCUGUUUAUGUAGAGCUCUUUAGAUGUAAUAAAAGAAAAACCUUCAGUUAA